GCCGAGCCGGAGCGUUCAGAGGCGACUGGUAUUGUUGGGUCCUGCUGUGUUGCGGUGGAGGCGACUCAGUGUAGUUGAAUUCGCAGCAUCUUCGGAUUCGCUCACAGGUCAAAAUGCAGAUCUUCGUGAAGACCCUGACCGGCAAGACCAUCACCCUGGAGGUGGAGCCCAGUGACACCAUCGAGAACGUGAAGGCCAAGAUCCAGGAUAAGGAAGGCAUCCCCCCUGACCAGCAGAGGCUCAUCUUUGCAGGCAAACAGCUGGAAGAUGGCCGCACUCUUUCUGAUUACAACAUCCAGAAAGAGUCGACCCUGCAUCUGGUCCUUCGUCUGAGGGGUGGUAUGCAGAUCUUCGUGAAGACCCUGACCGGCAAGACCAUCACCCUGGAGGUGGAGCCCAGUGACACCAUCGAGAAUGUGAAGGCCAAGAUCCAGGAUAAGGAAGGCAUCCCCCCUGACCAGCAGAGGCUCAUCUUUGCAGGCAAACAGCUGGAAGAUGGCCGCACUCUUUCUGAUUACAACAUCCAGAAAGAGUCGACCCUGCAUCUAGUCCUUCGUCUGAGGGGUGGUAUGCAGAUCUUCGUGAAGACCCUGACCGGCAAGACCAUCACCCUGGAGGUGGAGCCGAGUGACACCAUCGAGAAUGUGAAGGCCAAGAUCCAGGAUAAGGAAGGCAUCCCCCCUGACCAGCAGAGGCUCAUCUUUGCAGGCAAACAGCUGGAAGAUGGCCGCACUCUUUCUGAUUACAACAUCCAGAAAGAGUCGACCCUGCACCUGGUCCUUCGUCUGAGGGGUGGUAUGCAGAUCUUCGUGAAGACCCUGACCGGCAAGACCAUCACCCUGGAGGUGGAGCCGAGUGACACCAUCGAGAAUGUGAAGGCCAAGAUCCAGGAUAAGGAAGGCAUUCCCCCUGACCAGCAGAGGCUCAUCUUUGCAGGCAAACAGCUGGAAGAUGGCCGCACUCUUUCUGAUUACAACAUCCAGAAAGAGUCAACCCUGCACCUGGUCCUCCGUCUGAGGGGUGGCUGUUAAUUAUUCAGUCUUGCAUUCAUAAUGCCCAAUGAUUGGCAUCACUCUGCACUCUAGCUAUUUGCCCCAAUUUAAGAUAGUUACAGUAAUAGCUAAACUUGUUCAAAAUGUUAAUAAAGGUUUUGUUGCAUGGUA